CAAUACAGCGUCUAUUCUGUCGGAAACGCAGAAGAAGAAUAACAACAACCGUUGUUGUGUAGACUUUUAUAUGAACUAUGUCGAUUUAGCUCACAUUUGCAGCAACGUAACGUAUUAGCUACUGUCGUUCGGACGUUUUUAUCCCAGUACACUACCAUGCAGCUGUUAAACUAGCUUGAGUCGUGGAGUACAGAAGCGAGUUUCUCAAAACAAAGCACUUGUUUUUAAACGUUGACGGUAUUGUUAUUUAAGUCUUCUUCUCGUGUGUCAUCCGUGCCCAAUGGGGUUCAAUAAGACGUACAUCAGUAUCGGGUAUGCCUCUUUGGGCAUGCUUAUGGGAUUCUCUGCGUUUCUCGUGUGGAACGCCGCGUACAAACAAUCAUGGACAGCUGCAAUGGGAGGAUUAUCAGGUGUGCUGGCUUUCUGGGCCCUCAUCACCCACAUCAUGUACUUGCAGGACUACUGGCGCACCUGGCUGAAGGGCCUCAAGUUUUUCCUUUUCAUGGGUGUCUUCUUUGCCCUUCUGGCAGUGGUGGCCUUCAUCACCUUCCUCUCCCUCGCCAUCACCAACAAAGAGUCACUGACUGACCCGAGGAGCCUGUUCCUGUCGGGCGUGUGGAGUUUAAUGACCCUGAAGUGGUCCAUCCUGCUGGCCCUCUACUCCCACCGCUACCGCAAAGAGUUUGCUGACAUCAGCAUCCUCAGUGACUUUUGAUAAGGGCCAUUGAACCCCUCUAUAGUGAGGGAAUGAGUACCAUGAUCUCCACCUAUGCCCGCGCCUCCUCGUUUAGGUUACCCCCUCUUUUCCUAUGUCUGUGAAAUCAAAUCAACGUUAAUUUGUCACGUGCACAGGAUACAACCGGUGUAAACAGUACAGUGAAAUGCUUACCUGCAAGCUCUUCCUUAACAAUGUAGUAUUCAAUAUCAAAGGGAAAGAAAUGGAACAUCCACAGUAGAAUCUUAAAGCUCACAGAAACAGGGAAUGCUCAGCGCCUGCUAGCCAGUUUAUCCACAAGUUCAUCCCUAUUUUAUACUGUUUAUGGAUUUUACUGUCUUCAUAUACAUAUGUAUGUGACACUCUUGUCUGUGUUCCUGUUGUAUGUCCUCUAAAGUUUUCGUCAUAUGCCAAUAUCUCUCUUUUUAUGAGAUAUGGGGUUCUUAUUUGAUGAAUUUGUAUCUAACCCUUGAUGAUCAUGUACAUCUACCUAUGAUGUUUUUUUACUAUCUUAUAUAUAUAUAUAUAUAUAUAUAUAUAUAUAUAUAUAUAUAUAUAUAUAUAUAUAUAUAUAUAUAUAUAUAUAUAUAUAUAUAUAUAUAUAUAUAUAUAUAAUAUUAUUCCUUCUCUGAUUUAUUUGUGGUUAUGAUACAGAAUUGACUUCCAUUCUCUUGCCACAAGGGGGCGUCACUCCAUCAAAUGCGUUGGCUGUUGGAAAAUGUUUGUUUUUAGAUGGAAAAUGUUAGUUUUUUAGAUGUAAGCCUAUCUCAGAAUUCAUCUCAGUGUAGUAUAACUGUACUCUACCUGCACAAAUCAUAGAACAUCAAUUCUAGACAACAAUAGGACACAUCACAGGCAUGUUUGGGAAAUCCCAAGUAGUUGGAUUUUAGUAUGACUCUGUUCUGUGUUAUUCGUUUUUGCACUUUGUGCUUGGGUUCAUAAAAACUUACUGUGACCUGAAGUGAUGUGACGAAGCCACUACAUUUAGUUUGUUGGGUCUCAACACUAUUUGGAAACACUUUACUUAAUGCUGACCGGUAUAAUGCAUUUUGUAUGCAGCUAUAAUGCUUUGUAAGACUUAUCAUAAGACUUGUUUGACCCCCCUUUUAUAAAGUCUUAUAGCCUUAUACCUGCCAGUGUUAGUGGCUAACACAGCAUCCCACCACCACUGUAUAAAAUGAUUAUAUGAAGAAAGAUUGUACUACCAUCCCAUAAUGUAAGAACAACUGCUUUUAUAACAGUUGCAAAUUAAUUUCAAAUGUCUCUUUUUAGUACUCAUCGUAUUUCAAUGGAGAUAUUUCGUAGUAUUUUUAUUAUUGCCAUGAUGGGAAGUUGUCAACAAAGUGAGCGAGGACCGAACCAACGAUGUCACAAGUGUGAGAGGGGACCAUUGGGGCUUAAUAAUAUGAGCCUUUGACCAAUUUUAUUCCGGUAAACGCUUUGACUCCCAACACAAGGACCCGAGUCCGAAAAGGUACCCUACUCCCUAGAUAGUGCACUACAGACGGACCAAGGACUAAUUGCGUGAAUUCUUCAGUAAUCCUAAACAUUUGUUUGUUGCUUCUCCGAUCCAAAAUAUUGGUGAUCAUCAUACUGCUGCCUGUGGAGAUGAAUUUGAUCCUGUUCUUCCUUUUUCCUUUUAAAAAGUCUGUUUCUAUGUGAGCUACCACAUCUAGCAUAUUGUAAUAAUGAAACAUGAAAUGAUGUAUAUCCACUUGCGUGUGUGUAGGAAUGUAUGUCUGUUGUACAGGUAUGUAUGUGAGAGCCAUAUUAAUAAAAUAUAAUUGUAGGACA